AUGUCCGUCUCUCUCUCAUCAUUUCUCAACCAAUUUAACUCACCGCACAAUCACAUUUGUCUCAUUAAACCCAGGAAAUUCUACGUAGGAGCUUCCUCCUCAACUGCUCCUGGCAUCGAUCUCACCACACUCCAAUCCGCCGUUGAAAAGAAAGAUAGUGGUGCAGUUAAAAAGGCACUUGAUCAGUUGAGUGAAAUUGGUUGGGCCAAAAAGUGGGGUUCUCAACCAUAUGUCUCGCGCCGUACGACAUCUCUACGGGAGCUGACAACUCUUGGAAUAAAAAACGCUGAGAACCUUGCUAUCCCUAGUGUCAGAAAUGAUGCAGCUUUUCUCUUUACCGUAGUUGGAACUACAGGGUUUUUGGGUGUUCUAGCUGGUCAACUUCCCGGGGAUUGGGGCUUUUUUGUGCCAUACUUGAUUGGAAGCAUCUCUUUAAUAGUUCUGGCACUUGGGAGCAUUUCCCCAGGGUUGCUUCAGGCUGCUAUUGGUGGAUUUUCUUCAGUUUUUCCUGAUUACCAGGACAGGAUUGCUAGACAUGAAGCAGCCCACUUUUUAGUUGCCUACUUACUUGGCCUUCCAAUCCUUGGAUAUUCAUUGGAUAUUGGAAAAGAGCAUGUAAAUCUCAUUGAUGAAAGACUGGAAAAGCUUAUUUAUAGUGGCCAGCUCGAUGCCAAGGAAGUAGACAGGUUGGCAGUUGUAGCUAUGGCUGGACUAGCAGCAGAAGGUCUAAAAUACGAUAAAGUUGUCGGCCAAUCUGCUGAUCUUUUUACUCUUCAGAGAUUUAUAAACAGGAGCAAGCCACAGCUGAGCAAAGAUCAACAGCAAAACUUAACCAGAUGGGCAGUUCUCUUUGCUGGAUCACUACUAAAAAAUAAUCGGGUGCUUCAUGACACCCUUAUUUCAGCAAUGUCGAAGAAGGCGACAGUGGUUGAAUGCAUAGAAGCGAUUGAGAAGGCCGACCCCCCACCGCACAAACCUUCAGGGCUGCACUUCCGCUGCUUCCUCCCCUCGACGGCUUCUCUGUACAUGCCACUACGCCAGGAUAAUCAAAUGGCUGAUGCAACUCAAGUAGAAGACAAAUUGUUUGAAGAGAUCUCAGAAAACACCCCUGAAAAGAAGCAAGAAACCCUUGAAGAGAUGCUUUCUAGGCACAGGAAAGAGACAACGGAUCUACAGAACAAGGAAAUUGCAAUGAAAAAGGCAGCAGCUAAAGGCAGCAAGGCUGAACAGAAAGCUAAGAAAAAACAAGUUGAUGAAGAGAUAUCUAAGCUUUCAAUGGAUCUCAAAGAAAGACAUGCAGAGGAACUGGCUUCUUUAGGCUAUAGCACUAGUGCUGGGAAUGGAACAGGAAAUAUGGACAAUUUGGUUAAGGCCAUUGCUGGGGUUUCAGUCACCAAUCAAGCUGACCAUUCAAAACCUAGCAAGGGUGUCAAGCGGCGUGAGAAAAGGUCUCAACAGGAAGCUGCAAGAGAACAAAGAAUACAAGAAGAGCAGAGCAAGAUCGUAAGUGACCGAAUGAUUGAAAGCGAGAAGUUAGAACAAAAGCUGGAACCUCUUGGAUUGACCAUUAAUGAAAUAAAGCCUGAUGGGCACUGUCUCUACCGAGCUGUCGAGGAUCAGUUGGCCCUCCACUCCGGAGGUUCUUCUCCUUAUACUUACCAAGAACUUCGAGAAAUGGUAGCUGCUUAUAUGCAGAAACAUGCAUCAGAUUUUCUUCCAUUUUUUCUCUCGGAAAAUAUAGCAGAGGGAGAAUCUGAGGAAUUUCUUGCAGAAAGGUUUGAGAAUUACUGUAGAGAUGUGGAGUCAACGGCAGCAUGGGGAGGGCAACUAGAACUCGGUGCUCUAACCCAUUGCCUGAAAAAACAUAUUACUGUAUUUUCAGGAUCUUUUCCUGAUGUAGAGAUGGGAAAGGAAUACAAAUCUGGUGGUGGGACUGGCUCAUCUAGUUCAAGUAUUAUGCUAUCGUAUCAUAGGCAUGCUUUUGGGCUCGGAGAGCAUUAUAAUUCAGUCGUCCCCAGUUGA